AGCGGCUGCGUGGUGGCGGGAGGCGGGGAGGCGGCGGCCCAGGCCCUCCAGGCGCUGCCACAGUCCGGGUCAUGGAGGCGCCCGCCGCCCGCUGGCUUCUGCUCCUGGUCCUCGGGGCCUGCGCCCCAGCGCCCGGCAGCGCCUCUGCGGAGACACCGUCGCUCAUCAAUGAGGACGUGAAGCGCACGGUGGACUUGAGCAGCCACCUGGCCAAGGUGACCGCCGAGAUCGUCCUGGCGCACCCGGGCGGCGGCUCCUCUUCCCGAGCCUCCUCCUUCCUCCUGGCCCUGGAGCCCGAGCUCGAGGCCCGCUUGGCUCACCUCGGGGUGCAGGUGAAAGGAGAAGAAGAGGAAGAGAACAAUCUGGAAAUACGAGAAACCAAAAUUAAGGGCAAAAGUGGUAGAUUCUUCACCGUCAAGCUCCCAGUCGCCCUGGAUCCUGGGGCCAAGGUUUCGGUUGUGGUGGAAACAGUCUACACCCAUGUGCUUCAGCCAUAUCCAACUCAGAUCACCCAAUCUGAGAAGCAGUUUGUGGUGUUUGAGGGCAACCAUUAUUUCUACUCUCCUUAUCCAACAAAGACACAAACCAUGCGUGUGAAGCUUGCCUCCCGGAACGUGGAAAGCUACACCAAGCUGGGAAACCCCACGCGCUCCGAGGACCUCCUGGACUAUGGUCCUUUCAAAGACAUCCCUGCCUACAGUCAGGAUACGUUUAAAGUUCACUACGAGAACAACAGCCCCUUCCUGACCAUCACCAGCAUGACCCGAGUCAUCGAGGUUUCUCACUGGGGGAAUAUUGCUGUGGAAGAAAACGUGGACCUGAAGCACACGGGCGCGGUGCUCAAGGGGCCCUUCUCGCGCUACGACUACCAGCGGCAGCCGGACAGCGGCAUCUCCUCCAUCCGCUCCUUCAAGACCAUCCUCCCUGCCGCCGCUCAGGAUGUGUAUUACCGCGACGAGAUCGGCAACGUGUCCACCAGCCACCUCCUCAUUUUGGAUGACUCCGUAGAGAUGGAGAUCCGGCCCCGCUUCCCUCUCUUUGGCGGGUGGAAGACGCACUACAUCGUCGGCUACAACCUGCCCAGCUAUGAAUACCUCUACAAUCUGGGUGACCAGUAUGCCCUGAAGAUGAGGUUUGUGGACCACGUGUUUGACGAGCAGGUGAUAGACGCUCUGACUGUGAAGAUCAUCUUGCCCGAAGGAGCCAAGAACAUCCAAGUUGACAGUCCCUACGAAAUCAGCCGUUCCCCAGAUGAGUUGCACUACACCUACCUGGACACAUUUGGCCGCCCUGUGAUUGUGGCUUACAAGAAAAACCUGGUGGAACAGCACAUUCAGGACAUCGUGGUCCACUACACGUUCAACAAGGUGCUCAUGCUGCAGGAGCCCCUGCUGGUGGUGGCGGCCUUCUACAUCCUCUUCUUCACCGUCAUCAUCUACGUCCGCCUGGACUUUUCCAUCACCAAGGAUCCGGCCGCAGAAGCACGAAUGAAAGUGGCUUGUAUCACAGAGCAGGUCUUGACCCUGGUCAACAAGAGGAUAGGCCUCUACCGCCACUUUGAUGAGACCAUUAAUAAGUACAAGCAGUCCCGGGAUGUCUCCACCCUCAAUAGUGGCAAGAAGAGCCUGGAAACGGAACACAAGGCCUUGACCAGUGAGAUCGCGCUGCUGCAGUCCAGGCUGAAGACGGAGGGCUCCGACCUGUGUGACAGGGUGAGUGAAAUGCAGAAGCUGGACGCGCAGGUCAAGGAGCUGGUGCUGAAGUCGGCAGUCGAGGCCGAGCGCCUGGUGGCUGGCAAGCUCAAGAAGGACACCUACAUCGAGAACGAGAAGCUCAUCUCGGGAAAGCGUCAGGAACUGGUCACCAAGAUCGACCACAUCUUGGAUGCUCUGUAGGCCCCGCCCACGGUGCUGCCGGGGCCCAGGGAGGGCAGGCAGUGCGGGGAGGCCAGCCGGGGCUGCAGCUGGAAGCCAGGCAGCAGAAGGAACCUGGUUCUUACUGUUUUAUUUUUUUUUUAAGUUGUUAAACCCAAGUCCCUUUAUAACAGAGAAUCUUUGUGUUUUGAACAAAGAAAUUUUCAACAGUUGACUUGUAUUGUUUGAUUCUGAAGCCUGGGGUAUUUUUUUCCCUAAGUCUGUAAGCACCCUGCUUCAUGCCCUUCCUGAUGUUUGGAUAUUCUGUGAGUGUGCUUUUUUAAAGGCGUGUGUGACCACAUGGAAAUAAAGUAGGACUUGAAAUUC